CAUGGCGACAGCUAGUGAGACUGCCAUACCAGAGGCUGUGGUGGCCAUAGAUUUCGGUACGACGUACACUGGAUACGCCUACAGCUUCAAAAGCGAAUUCCAAAAGUCCAACGAUGCGCGAGAGAUUUUUCAUAAUAGCUGGAAUUCGAGUCUGGCAGGAAACCUUUCAAAGAAAGCACCGACUGUGGCUCUCUUCAAAGCAGAUUAUAAGUUUGACAGUUUUGGAUACGAGGCAGAGGAAAAGUACUCCGACCUCACUGAUCGAAAGAUACACCAGGAAUGGCACUACUUCAGUAGAUUUAAAAUGCAGCUUUUUGACAAGAAGAAUCUUACCCGGAACCUUGAGGUUAAGGACCAGCAAGGCAAAACAUUUCAUGCCUGCGCCGUGUUUUCGGAAAGCAUACGAUUCAUAAAAACUGCAGCGCUUAAAGAGAUAAAGGAAAGAAACCCCGUGGCAGAAGAGGACAUUCAUUGGGUACUCACUGUUCCCGCCAUCUGGAAUGAACCUGCGAAACAGUUUAUGAGGGAAGCAGCAGUAGAGGCCGGGAUUCCCGCGAACCAGUUGAUUUUAGCUCUGGAGCCCGAGGCUGCCGCCAUAUACUGCCGAACUUUGAAACGAGGAACGUUCAGUUGUGUUUCUGAACAAAACGUGAAGGAAUUUCUCUCUGCAGGGGGUCGGUACAUGAUCCUAGACAUGGGAGGUGAGAUU